GGCCCUACGUAAUGGCGUCGGGAGCGCGCGCGCGACUUAAAGCAACGCGUCGUCCCGUGUUGAUGUGUCGCAGAUUUGAAAAAGUGAGCCAGGAGAACACUUUGUGCAUCGAGAAACAUCGGAGGCAUUUUAGAAGCCCGAACGAACAUUUUGAUUUCAUUUUGAGCCUCCUUCUUUUGGCUCCUUCCUUCUUCUUCCUCCUGCCUAAACAGAGGCUGCUUGUUUUGAGCGGCGAUGGAGCUGUCAUCCAUUGGAGACCAAGUGUUCGCAGUGGAGUCCAUCACAAAGAAGAGAGUGCGAAAGGGUAAUGUGGAGUACCUGCUUAAGUGGCAAGGAUGGCCUCCAAAGUACAGCACUUGGGAGCCGGAGGACAACAUUUUGGACCCUCGUCUGGUCCUGGCCUAUGAGGAGAAUCAGCAGAAGCUAAGAGCUCUGGCCUAUCGCAAGAAAGGGCUCAGACCCAGAAGCCUCGUCUUGCGGAACAUCUUUGCCAUGGACCUCCGGAGCGCCCACAAGGCCCCCGACAAGCCCCGACUCCGCCUCUCGCUCACCCGCGCCAUGAGCACUGAUGUGGACCAUGUCGAGCGUGGAUCCGCGCACUCUCGCUCGGUGAGGAGGAGGAGGAGCAAGCAGCUGGCGUCCAAGAGGAGCCGCUCCAACAUAGCCGUCGGGGGCAAGAAAGGGCAGGACUGGGAAGACACCAGCGAAGAAGACAAGCAAGAGUCCGAAAGCAACACAGAGGAGAGACGGGCGGACAGCUUAUAUGGUCAUUCCGAAUGCAGCUCGCCUCCCCACAUACUGGAGCGGCAAGAUCUAGAGUUGGACGUGGAGGAGAACGUCACCAAAAUGUGGUUGGAGCCGCGAGACGGAAGUGCGGAAACAGUCGUGUGUGACCAAUCAAAGGACAGCGCCGCCGGGCUCCAAGAUGGAGGAGAGGAUGCGGUUACCGAUGACAACAGGUCAGACGGUGACACGGGAGAGGAGGAGGCGCUGUUGGGGCCAGAGAGUCCCGACAUGUACCUGAGAAAUGACCCGAGUCCGGAGGGAGCGGGCGGAGAUGCGGCUUGCCACAAUCAGAACGUUACCGCGGCGACAGCCGCUCAAUCAAAGCAUCCUGGGAAGGUGAUCAUGACCGAGGUGACCAUCAAUUCUCUGACGGUGACUUUUGAAGAGGCGAUGGAGGCGGAGGGCUUCUUUAAGGACUGGUAGCUGAAGGCACGUUCAUUCGACAACAAUAAUCAGACUCGCCGCUCAUUUUGUAACUCGUUGAAAUAGUCAUGUAUGUAACAUGUUUACAAAAAUAGAUUCCUGCUGAUUAUUAUGUUUGAAUUGAAAAACAAAUGGGUGGUGAUUUUUAUUAUUGAGGUUCUUUUAUUGGGAAUUUCUGAGAGUCAAAUAAUGAGACAGUAGUCCCUUCUUCCAUGGGUUACCCCUAAACCUAACUAACCCAAACCCUAACCAACCCCAACUUCUUCCAUGCAGCUACUUUUUGUUUUGAUUCUUCAGGGUCUUUUUUUUUUUUUAGAAAUUCCAGAGUUCCAUAAUGAGGCAAAGGUCAAACCAACUCACUUCUUCCAUGCAGCUACUUUUUACUAAGAAUUGAAGUGCUUUCCAGCAAGACAUCACACUCGGAUAGUGUGUGUUCUUAUAGAUGUCUCAUUUCAUGAUUACAAAUAUGUUUGCUGAAGACAUUGGCGCCUUUGCGAGGUUAUUUCUGUCGCAACAGAAAUAAAACAAAGAGAUGUAAUGACUGAUGCUGACAUGAAGAGGAAUGCACAAAAAAAAAAGUACUGUCGUGUUUGCUGUCUGUCCGUUCCAAGCACUAUAAAUGCUACUUGGUUCUAUUUUUGUAUUACCAGUUGAUAGUCCAUUCUUUACUCUACACUAACCUUUGUGCUUUUCAAAGGAAGUAUCAUUUUACACUGCUGCUGUUAGCUUUGUACAAUAAUGUACACUAAGCAGAUGUUCAUUAGAUCACACAGUAGAGAGCUUUUGUUAUUUAUUGCAUGUCAUGUGCAGAAACUGAACUAAUUUACAGUGUGUCGGAAUCAUGUCUUAGAAAAAUGUUUUUAUUUUGACUGUCUUUCCAAUAAACAUGAACUGAAAUGA